CGCCCCUUCCCACCCUAAGCCCCUCCCCCUCACGGUGAGCCUGUCUCUCCGGUUACCGGGUGGUGAAGCUGAGCAGACCUCCCCGACACACACCCUCACACACAUUCCCCACCCCCACAGCCUGUGGGUGAUGACUGGAGCCCGCCUCUUGCUGCUGAGCCCGGGAUCCGUGUGAAAACCUCCCGCUCGCCCGCCGCCGGGCCGUAGGAAACACCGAGGCUUCGGAGCUGCAGGCCUGUGACCUUGAAGCACUUCCUGCUUACCGUGUGGCUGUUGUUUCUGGUGCCCAGGAUUUACAUCGGAUUUGUUUCUCAGCUCAGACUGAGGGCAAUGGCUGAAAUGACAGCCUUGGAGACCAUGAUGGAGAUGGGAUUCUCCCGGAACAGAGCGGAAAAGGCUCUGGCACUAUCUGGACAUCAAGGAAUUGAGAAAGCCAUGGACUGGCUGAUCGAGCACGAAGAUGACCCCACUCUAGACGAGCCAUACGUGGCUCCUCAGGGAGACGUCUUGGGAACGACAGAGAAACAGGAGAAGGGAGCUGCCGAGGUGACUUUUGAAGAAAACUCCAGCCAAAUCCAACGUAACACUUCCCUUUCUGAAGAGGAGAAGAAGGAGCAGCUUAGAAGGCUGGAAGAGCUGAUGAAGCAGCGGCAGCUAGAACGAGAGGAACGUGAGAAGAAGGAUGAGAUAGAGCGGGAGAAGCAGAGGAGGAAACAGGGCCAGGAGCUGUCGCUGAUUCAUCAGAAACUGCAGGAGGAGGAGAUGAAGAAAAUUGCCGAGGAGAGGCGGAAAGAGAAGCUGGAGGAUAUCAGAGCCAAGCAAAGAGUUCGAGAGAAGAUCGAAAGAGACAAAGCCGAGAGAGCCCUGAAGUUUGGUGGCAGGGGACCACCUGCUGCUCCCACAGUGCAGCCGACACCCGCAGUGCCUCAGUCCAGCACAGGGCCGCUGCCCAAACGGGAGUACGACGAAUGCAGGUUACAGAUCCGACUGUUAGAUGGCUCCCAGCUCACACAGUCGUUCAAAAGCCGCGAGCAGCUGGCUGCCGUCAGACUGUACAUCCAGCUGCAGCAGCAGGACGACUUAGGCAACUUCAACCUCAUGACCUCUUUCCCACGUAAAGUUUUCUCAGAGGAGGACAUGGAGAAACCUCUACAGGAGUUAGGCCUUGUUCCUUCUGCAGUCUUGUUUGUUUGCAAGAAAUAAGCCAAGGCUUUGGGGGUGGGGUGCCGGGACCCCCACUCAAUCCACCUUCCCUCACUGCAGCACUAAGCCUGUGGGGCGUCUGUUCCAAAACAAAAUCUACAAAGUGGCUGAUUGAGAGAGAGAGAACACGGAGGGAGAGCGAGUAAGAAGACGUGGACUUGAUUCUCUUCCCUGAUCUCAGCUCUUAGUAACACCGGGUGUGUGAGUGUGGCAUCUGCAGUGCUUUACCUGUGUGAAAAAUGCUGCCUUUAUGCUCGCGAUUUGUUUGUCUCAAGGUAAUUUAAGAGAGAAAUAAAGAGCUGUAAAAUUUG